CUGUCCCUGUGGGUGUGUUUGUUUUGUUCUGAGCCUUAAGAAUGAUCUAAUUUGAUUUUCUUUUGUAUCGAAGAAAGAUGUCGGUGCCGUCGGGUUUGUCGUUUCUGAAUAAUUAUUUGCUGUGUAAAGUCCGGGGAAAACGACGGUGAGAGUCGUGCCGGAGCGGCCUUAAAGUGGGCCAUUAACCUCGGGGCAAUGUCAAUAACUACCCCGGCAUUUCGCGGCUAAUUAUCACAGAGACGCGGCUGGUGCCCUGGUAGAAUUCACCGAGACCCGUUUGUGGGAUAUGUCUGAGCAGUACAAGUUUCUGCAACACACUUCAGAUUACUGGAUGUCUCAGGUACAACAAAGCUAAACUAAAUGGAAGCUUUGGAACAAGAUCAAAUACUGUUUGGAAAGCAGUACUAUGAAGAGAUUUUGGCCUUAAAAAACUCAUGCAAGCAGAAGCUGUUGAUCGUAGGUGAGCACUAUGAGCUCCAGAAGAACAAGUGCCACAUGGAGCAUAAAAGUAAUAUGAAAAGUUCAGCAUCAACAGAAGAAUUAGUCAAGUUUUUCAUGAUUAAUGAAGGACGAGUUCCUGUGAAGAACAGUCACUGCAAGCAACAUUCAUCUGGAAACACAAUGACGAGAAAUUCCUACUCUGCAAACGAACACGGCAGCUUAACCGAUUCAGAGCUGAAUGUUAAAAAGGAUCUGAAGAAAUCCAGCAGACCCAAAUGUGUUACUUCAGAUUGGACCUCACAGUUCACAGUUCCUCAGCCAUUCAACAUGACGAUGCGGGAAAGUCAAAAGAAGACUCAACUUCUCAGAUCCAGGCUAUUGCUGGAAAUAGAGAAGGAGCUAACGGAAACACGGGAACAGGAAGAUGCAGAAUGCCAGAAGAAAUUCCGGGCUCUUCCUGUACCGGCUCAUGUUUAUCUGCAACUUUAUGAAGAAAUGAAUGAACGGAAUGAGGAAAAGAGAAGAAGAGGACGAGAGAAGCGGAAAGAAUUCCUGAUGUCCACACAGAAACCAUUUAGUUUUACCGAAAAGGAGGAGGACAAAAAAGAGAAGGAGAAGUUGAAACUACAGAUCAGUGAAGCCACACCAGAAACCAUGAAGAAGGCAAAACAGAUAAAGAAAAUUCCACUGUCUGUUCAUGAUCCAACAGUAAGCAAGAAGCUAAAAGAAGAGGAGCUGUUCAGAAAGAUCCGCAUACAGAUGCGAGCUGCAGACUUGCUCAAAAGUGCUUCUUCACCUAUAGAUCUUCAUCCAUACAAAAAGGAGCUGGCUACAUCAAGCUCUAUGAAAACAAGACAAGAAAAGCUGGGAUACCUGGAAAAUAAACCAAAAUUCAAGCCGAGAAUAAAUCCAGAAGUUCCCGAUUAUGCUAAACUCUACAAAGCUUUUCAGAGAGAAGCGCGGAGAAAGCUGCAGGUGAAGGAGACGACCAAAUGUGUGCCCUUUGAACUUCAUACAUCAAAACUAGCACCACGGCAAAGCAAAACAAGUGAAGAUGUAUCGAAGGAUUCUCAUCUGAAAGUAAAGACACGUUUGAAUGAAAACAAUUCUUUCAGUGGCAUUCAUUCACUAUCUUCUGAUACACUUCCCACCUACACAACAGAUGCUGCAAGGAAAAGGCACUCAGCUGUCAGAAAAUCUCUCGAAGAUCGUGACAAACAAGAGCUAGAGAAAGCUCAAUGGACAGAGAAGUACAAGAUUAAUACCCAAGGCAUGAGCAAAACAAUAUUGACACGGGCUAAAGCUAUGGACCCUCAUCAAAGCCUAGCAGAGACCUACAAAAAAACAUUGAAGCAGUAUAGACAGCGAGAUCUCAAGAGGAAGAAGGAAUAUAUGAAGGAAAUGGAGGAGAUGAAGAGGCGAGUCCGUAGCAGACCCUUCCUCUUCGAGCAAGUCAGUCAGAAAAAUGCUACUUCUGUAGCUGAGAGACGGUACCGUGAAGCAUUGCGGCAAGCUGGAGUGGAUGAAGAAUUUGUGCAAGAUAAAGGAAGAAAUGCAGCCGAUAUCCCACUUACAAUAUCUGAUGAAGAAGACAAUAGCUUUGACAGUGAAUACAGCAGUGAAAAACAGGAGAGUGACGAGAUAAGUGAGCCUUCAGAAAUUAUCAAACCAGUGGAAGCAGAUGAGGAAAAAAUUAUUCAGAACUGGGAUGAAGGUGAAGAGAAUGGAGAACAAGAAGACGAUUCUUACUCUGACAAUCAAAAUAAUCUUGACACUUGUGGCAUCAUGUACUUGAGCAAAGGACACCCCUGCUGGAUAUGGAAAUACAGCACACUGUCUUUUAGAAAGAGGCUAUUCAGCUUGAUCUUUAGUGUUUUUUCCUCUACUUCUGGAGGGAGCUCAGUCAUGGAGGCAGCGACGACAGCGGCUGGGGGCCCAGAGCAGGAGGCGACUGUAAUGUCUGGGCAGAACUCUUGCAAUUGGUGACAUUGCAGCUUCUUCAAGUCCGGAGCAGGACUCUGCAACUCUGCGUGGAUAGGUCCUUGCGCGAGGCCAUGUGGACUGUGGUGGAAGGAUUGUAAAAUUGUGUAUUUUUUUAUUUGUUUAUUUUUCUAUUUUCAUCCUCUGCUGGACUUUUUUUACUACUUAAUUUUUCUACUUUAUACCAAAGAAUCUGUUCUUAAUUAUCUGUACGUAAGAUGGUGCCAUAAGUGGUGACUCGUAAACUUUUCACUGUACUCAUUUGAGUACGUGACAAUAAACCUAAUUCUAAACUUGAUGCUAGAAUUAACACAUAUUGCAAAAGCUAUAGUUUAGUCCAAACUAAGCACAGUUGAAACAGCAACCUACCUGAACACCAGACUCUUCUACAUCUGGAUUUGGACAAUACGUACCAGUAAGGAGAAAUGGCUGGAUUUCUCCAUUAUAUCUGAGAUAUAUCCUCUGUAUCUCUUGGUGGGACAAGUGAACACUUCAUGGUCCAACCAGUGAAGCUACCAAACAGGACUAAGUGACUCUUGAACCAAUAGAUCAGCUCAGAGCUCUGCAGUCCUGCUACAUCUCGGCAUGAGUGAUGGUUAACAAUUGAACAACUCACUAGAGGAGGCAGUUCCACAACUAGCCCUAUCUGCAUAGGGGAAACCAGUAUGUGUGUGCAACGAUAAAGCUAAAGCAUUUGCAACAGUCUUCAGCAAGAAGUACCAAGUUGAUUAUUCAUUUUGAUCUCUUCAGUGGUACCCAGUAUCACAUUUGUCAGUGUACAAUCAAUUUGGUUUGCUCUAUGUGAUACCAAAACAGCAUGAGAUACAAAAAAAAUUAUGGGUGUCUAACAAUGUUACAGAAGGAGGACUGAAGAUUUGUGCUCCAGAACUUGCCACACCCACAGCUGAGGUGUUCCAAUACAGAUAUAAUACUGACAUCUAACUGGCAAUGUGGAAAAUUCUCUAGGUAUGUCCUGUACACAAAAAGCAGGGCAAAAUCAACCCCUUUUGUCUACUUUUGGUUUUAAAUAAAGGAACAGGAGUUGUCACUAAUAACACAAUCAAGCAGUAUUUGUUUAGCCAUUGGCACACAGAUUGGAUUCCACAAUGGCCACUUAUCUCAUAACAUCAUCAUAACAAUGACAAUCACAUGUAGGCUAGACCAGUUAAGGAUGCUAGAUUUUCUUCCCUAGAGGACGCUAGUGAAUCAGAGGGGCUUUUCUGAUAACGGUCAUCAUUUAGACACUUGUUUGAAUUCAGAUUUCACCAUCUGCCGUGGCAGGAUUCAAACCCAGGUCCCGUCAACAUUACCCGAGUGUCUGGAUUAACAGUCCAGUGAUAAUACUGCUAGGCUCUCAUCUUCCACUGUCCACUAUCAACAAAGCACAAGACAGAGAUGUAAUGGAAUAUUCCCCAUUUGCCAGUGAUACUUCAAGAAGCUUGACACCAUGCAGGCCAAAGCAGCUGCUUCAUGGGCACCAGAUUCACAAACUUUGACUUCCUCCCCCAUGGACACUUUGGAGGAGCAGUUUGUUCAUUUGCAAGAAACACUGCAAAAAAAAGGCUCCUUAGCGUCUUUCAAACCUACAGCGACCAUCUUGGAGAAUAAGGGCAGCAGAUACAUGGGAGCAUCACCACCUGCAAGUUACUGUUCAAACUAUUCACCGUCCUGACUUAGAAGGACAAGAGUACAUAAUAGGAAUACCAUGGCAUACUAUCCAAGCUUGGAACUAUAUUGCCAUUCCUUCUUGGUUACUGGGACAAAAUAACAGCAUGCUGGUGUACCUACACAAAGGGCAAGUAGAGAUGGGAAAUAAAUGCUGGCCUAACCAGCAAAAGCCACUAAAUAUCGUGAUUUUAAAACAGUCCUAUGCAUAGAAAAUAGGCCAUUUGAGACUGCACUGCCAUUCAAUAGGAUCAUGGCUGAUCGUCCACCUCAGUACCUCGUUCCUGUUUUGUCCCCCAUAUCUUUGAUCCCUUUGGCCGUAAGAACUGUUCUCCUUCUUAAAGGCAUUCAAUGUUCUGGCUUCAAUCACAUUUUGUGACAAAGAACUCUACAGGCUUACCACUCUCUGGAUGAAGAAACUUUCUCAUCAGUCCUAAAUAUCCUACUCCAUAUCUUCAAACUGUGAUCUGUGGUCUGGACUCUCCAAUUAACGAGAACAUCUUUCCUGCAUUUACCCUGUUGCUCCUGUAAGAAUUUUAAAGGCUUUUAUGAAAUCCCCAUACACUAAAUGGCAGUAAAUAUAAACCUAAGCAAUUCAGUCUCUCGUCAUAUGUCAGGCCUGCCUUCCCAGGAGACGUUCUGGUAAAGUCCGUCCAUAGCCAGAAUAUCCUUCUUCAGAUAAGGAGACCAAAUCUGCACGCAAUACUGCAGUUGUGGCUUCACCACUGUAGCAAGACUUCCCUGCUCGUGUAUUCAAAUCUUGUCCCAUUUGUCAUCUUUACUGCCCACUGCACCUGCAUGCUUAAUUUCAGCAACUGGUGUACAAGACACCCAAGAUCCUAUUGGACCUCCUCCUUUCCCAAACUAUUGCCAUUAGGACAACAAUCAGCCUUCCUGUUUUUGCUAUCAAAGUGGGUUGCAUUUUCCCACUCAGCAAGUCCAAAUCAUACUGAAGCAUCUUUACAUCCUGCUGAGAGGGCAUCCUUCCAGCUUUGUCUCAUCUGCAAAUUUGGAGGUAUUACAUUGAAUUCUGUCAUCUAAAUUAAUAGACUGUGAAUAGCUGGAGUCCAAGCACUACUGAUUCAUGCAGUACCCUACUAGUCACUGGCUGUCAUUCAGAAAAGGAGCAGUUUAGUCUUACCUUUGGUUUUCCGUCCACAAACCAGUUCUCUAUCCAUGUCAGUACAUUACCCCAAUCUAAUGAGCUUUAGUUAUAGAUGCUAAAGAUUUUAAGAGAUGCUUCUCCUGCCUCUCUGCACCUACAACAGACUACUCCUCAAUCUAUUACAACUAUAUCAUCCGCAGUUUCAGCACGUUAAUAAGUAAGUUUCUUCUGUUGCUAAUGUUUAUGGAAUCCAGCUGGGUUACUAAUUAUUAAGUUAUGGACACAGCAAUUAAUAUUUGUAUAAAAUGUCCAAUUGGUAACUUUUUUUGCUGGGAUUAAAAACUGAAUGACUGUACAUUCAGGUUGUUUAAAAAAAAAUGUUUAAUUUGGAACAUUCCACCCUUCAUGUCAACUACGUUUUUGCUUUUCAAAAAAAAGAGCAAUAAGAAAAACUUCAUUGUUUUGCUGAGGGAGCUGAAUAGUAAAGUUCAAAAUUAGUCCAUUUCACAAAUAAAUCGGAUGCUGAAACAUUCAAAUGCAAGUUUAUAAGAAAGUCUCAAAUUAUAAUCUUUGUACACAACCAGAUUGAGACAAAAAUGUUUGAUUGUGAGAGAUAUUACAUCUAACCUGUUUGCCUUCACUACUUUGUACUUUUUGUUCUCCUUCAACUAUGAGACUGUAGCCACAGAAGUAACACUCUCUCUGCUCUAUUUCUGUUGUACCCUUUCUAUAGUAGAGCAUCGCAAGGCACUUUGCCAGAGCUCUGAUCAAGGAAAAUCCCAUCACAGUCAAAUUCAAUAAUUCCACCUCUUUACUGCCAGAAGAUGGCACUUUUUUCCCUUCCUCAAAUGUCUCCAAAUUUUACUUCAGAAAGUUACUUCCCCAGUUAGAAAAAAAAUUAUUCAGGUGUGCCACAGCAACAUCUUUGAACCGAUUUGCCAUUCCUUACUUUAGUUGGUUUCACGUGAUGUUUCUGUACAUUGUGUAUGUCUGGAUCCAACUUUUAACUGGAAAAUCUAUUUGUUUUAUAAUUGAGCUAGACUGAUAGUCACAUGAACUCUCGUGCAUGUCAUAACUGUGAUCCAUAUUUUCACCUUUGUGCUAUCUUAGCUCUGUAAAUCAGUCCUUGCUACAGAAUGCAGUAAGGUCAAAACUAGUUAUGUUCUUAAACAUCAAAUGUUUUGCCUGCUGGUCCUGUUGCUGCAGUAGAGAUUUUUUUUAAAUUUCUCUUGAAAAAUAGUAUACAUAUUUUAUUGGGAUAUUCAGUAUGUAAAUUGAUGCCCAUUCCUUGUUUUCAAUGGUGUAUGCUAAUUGCAUAUCAUAAAUUUUGAUCAAAAGUAUGUUAAUAUUAUUCAAUUUGGAUCCUAAUAACAUGUUCACAAAUUUAGAAUCUUUAUUUUUGCAGUAAUAUGUGAUCAGCUGACAAGUGCACAGAAUGGAGCAACCUUUAUGUGGAUAAUUAUUAUUCUCAUCAGUUGUUCCGGUGUUUGUCUCUCACUUGUUCACUUAAGUUGUCACUCUGAAAAGCAAAUACCAUUCUAUCUCUACAAAUAAAAUUGUCUCGUCAUGA